AUGAGGUCUUCUGGAUUUAAGACAAAACCGGUCCAUCUGAAGGUAUCAUCUGGUUAUAGAGCAACAGCACAAGCAGCUAAUGUUACUGGUCCUCAUUGUGACAUACCUCGUCAAUGGUACAAUCUAAUAGCUGAUCUUCCUGUUAAACCUCCUCCACCUUUACAUCCAAAGACACAUGAGCCAGUCAAGCCUGAGGACUUGUCUCCUUUGUUUCCUGAUGAGUUGAUUAAACAAGAGGCAAGCACUGACCGGUUCAUUGAUAUCCCAGAAGAGGUUCUUGACAUUUAUCAGCUUUGGCGCCCUACCCCCUUGAUAAGGGCUAAGAGGCUGGAGAAGUUGCUCAAAACACCAGCUAGAAUCUAUUACAAAUAUGAAGGUGUGAGCCCAGCCGAUCACACAAGCCAAACACUGCAGUACCACAGGUCUGGCGUCCAGAAUCUUGUGACAGAAACUGGAGCUGGCCAAUGGGGCAGUUCACUUGCUUUUGCGUGCAGCCUAUUUGGGCUCAACUGCGAGGUAUGGCAAGUCCGUGCAUCGUUCGACCAAAAGCCCUACCGCAAACUGAUGAUGCAGACUUGGGGUGCCAAAGAUCCUUCAAAUGGAUCCAGAAAGCCCAGGAGUUUAGGAAUAGCAAUCUCAGAAGCUGUGGAAGUUGCAGCUAUGAAUCCAGAUACCAAGUACUGUCUGGGAAGUGUUCUAAACCAUGUUUUGCUGCACCAGACAGUUAUAGGGGAGGAAUGUAUAAAGCAGAUGGAGGCUAUAGGUGAGACUCCGGAUGUGAUCAUUGGAUGUACUGGUGGUGGAUCAAACUUUGCGGGGCUUUCUUUUCCCUUUAUUCGAGAGAAGCUGAAGGGAAAAAUUAAUCCUCUUAUAAGAGCAGUUGAACCUGCAGCUUGCCCAUCUCUGACGAAGGGUGUCUAUACCUAUGAUUAUGGUGAUACGGCAGGACUGACUCCCCUAAUGAAGAUGCACACUCUUGGGCACGAUUUUGUACCAGACCCUAUUCAUGCUGGGGGUUUGCGCUAUCAUGGCAUGGCACCACUGAUUUCUCAUGUGUAUGAUUUGGGCUUCAUGGAAGCCCUUGCAAUACCUCAGACUGAAUGCUUUCAAGGGGCAAUACAAUUUGCAAGAUCAGAAGGUCUGAUACCCGCGCCAGAACCAACUCAUGCCAUAGCCGCUGCCAUCAGGGAAGCUAUCCACUGCAGAGAGACUGGAGAAUCAAAGGUUAUUCUGAUGGCAAUGUGUGGACAUGGCCAUUUCGACCUAGCAUCUUAUGAGAAAUACCUUCAAGGAAGCAUGGUAGAUUUGUCUUUUGAGGAGGAGAAGAUACAGGCUGCACUGGCCAACAUUCCUCAGCUCGCAAUCUGA